AUGUUUACGAAUAAUACCGCAGGCGGAUCUCAGGCUAUGAAAGAGGGGCUUGGCAUAAACAAGCUCUCCCCCAUAUCAUCUAAUUCAAACCAGAGUUCAUUGACCUCCUCCAAUUAUGAAAAAUACCUGCAGCUGGCCACAGAGAAGAACCCGUGUAUGCUCUUGGAGCUAGAGCUGGACGGUAAAGUACGGUAUGGCUCUCCACAAUGGAAUACGAUCACAGGAGUCGUCGAUGACAAUGGCUCUUCUGCAUCGUACAUUGCAGACCUUAUCCUCGGAUCCGAUCAAGACAAAGACGUAUUUCAAAAGGCCACGGAAAUGCUGCUGAUGAACGACGACACUAGUUGCACGAUAACGUUUAAGAUAAGGACCGUCGAUCACGAAAGUGGUACGAAUUAUGAAGACGAUAGUACCAUGACCACCUUGGAAGCUCGUGGUAUUUUAAUCAGGGACGGGCACACACAAUUGCCCUCGCACACCAUGUGGAUAGUCAAACCCCGUACAAGUGAUUGGUCUGAUUUCUAUGCCAACGAAGACGCUCAAGACGAUAUGGUCAUCCAGUUAUCCGAUAAUUGUGACGACAUCGACAUUCAACUUCCAGAAGAGUUUUCUAAGACGCUCGGGUUUGGCGCUAAGAUCUUUGUACAGUAUUUGAAGAGAAUACGAUUGGAAAUGAUAAUGGACGAGUUUAAUUUACCGUUACCAAAGGUGGAACUGUGCCGGGUUUGUGAAAACUUUGUCCCCGUUUGGUGGUUGGAGACCCACUCACAAAGUUGUGUUUGUGAGCAUAGAACAGAAUCGCUUAUACAACUAUUACACGAUAAUCUUCUUGAACAACUGGCAAUCUUGACAAACUUUAAUAAAGAUUCUGAGUAUAAGGGCACCCAGAUUCAGGUACGUUCCGAAAACUUUCUUAACCAGGUUUUGGACUCUCUGAGAGAUCUGUGUCAGGAUGCCAUUGAUAUAAACCCCAGCGAAAUGGUUCCGGAUCUUUACCAUGGCGUUUCGACAUUCUCUCAGGAUUACAAUAAUAAUAGCAAUAAUGCUUUGUUGGAUCAAUUCCCCGUCCAGAAGGACACGAUCAGCUUAAACUCAUAUUUCCAGUUUUCUCCAAGGACCAAUCACAAUAUUCAAAACAUCACUUCAUGGCAAUCAAGAUUUUUCCUUAAUGAUGAUCAGGACCCUGGGCUAGCUCUUUUGAUCCACGAUACUUUGGACUUGGCAAGGAAAAAAGUGGAUGCGGUAUUGAGGUUGGAUAACGCAAUGACUUAUUCUUUAAAGAUCAAGAAUGAGGUCAACAACUACGUGGUCCAACUGAUACGCGAACAAAUUGAAAUAAACAAACAUACUAUUUUAACACACUCAAUGAACAUAAGGUCUUCGUCAAUUUUCCAUUCCCCCUUGCCUCAAAUUCAUUCCCAACAACCAGAAGUAGAACAUCUCAUAUAUUCUUCCUCUACCCCUUUGCAAGUCCAACGGAGCGAUUGUACGUCCUUUGAAGCAGGCUCUAAGUCUCAUUUGGAGCCUAUUCCGUUCCCCCCCACAUCCACUGAAGGAACACAUAAUGGCAAUGAUAUUAGGCAUCCUUCACCCUUGCCCCGUAGUUGUAAUAACACUGUUAUAAAAUUACCGACACCUCAAAGGAAAAUCAAUUCUAGCGGAUUAUUCUCUGACGCGUAUCUAAAUGCCGACAGCAUACCGAACCCAAGUAUCGAAUCCACAAUAUCUAUUGAUAGAGACAAUAAUACCGGUAGCAAGACCAGUAGCAUGAAACAAUAUAAUACAGAUGACACUACUGAUUCUCAGACUAAUAACUUAGAGAGACCCUCCUCCUCAUCAUCAAGACUGGGGGUGAGAUCAAGAUCCAUAACGCCAAGACAAAAGAUAGAAUACUCGCAUAUACAUAAUGAUAACCGCACUAAUGAAAUGUUGUCGAGAGAUAAAGAUCUCCUUCAGCCCCCACCUUCUACAGAUACUACCAUAAUUUCAUCUAAUCAAACAAAUGCAACGGGCAUCAAGGCCAAUAGUAAUAAUUCUACAAACUCAGUACUGCCUAAACUGAUGACGAGUAUUUCAUUGACGCCAAGGCGUGGCUCGCCAUCAUUUAGUAAUCUAGCAAGCCAUUCCAUGCAACAAACCAACAGUUUUAAACUGAUCCAAGAUAAAUCACCAAUGUCUUCCCCUUUCACAUUUUCCAAGGACUUUCUGACCCCAGAGCAACAUCCUUCCAAUCAUGCUAGAACAGAUAGCAUCAAUAAUGCAAUGCUAACCUCACCAAAUAUGCCAUUAUCACCCCUUCUAUUGGCUACAAAUCAAACCGUUAAAUCACCGACACCUAGUAUAAAGGAUUAUGAUAUCUUGAAACCGAUAAGUAAAGGUGCCUAUGGUAGUGUUUAUCUAGCACGUAAAAAACUCACAGGAGAUUAUUUUGCAAUAAAGGUGCUGAGAAAAUCGGAUAUGAUUGCAAAAAAUCAAGUAACAAAUGUCAAAUCUGAAAGAGCCAUCAUGAUGGUUCAAAGUGACAAGCCAUAUGUUGCAAGACUAUUUGCUAGUUUCCAAAAUAAAGAUAACCUGUUCUUAGUAAUGGAAUAUUUGCCCGGUGGAGACUUGGCCACUUUAAUUAAGAUGAUGGGGUAUCUACCUGAUCAGUGGGCCAAGCAAUAUCUAACGGAAAUCGUCGUCGGUGUAAACGACAUGCAUCAAAAUGGGAUCAUUCAUCAUGAUCUAAAACCUGAAAAUUUAUUAAUUGAUAAUGCAGGUCAUGUAAAAUUAACAGAUUUCGGUUUAUCAAGAGCUGGUUUAAUUCGCCGUCACAAGUUCAUUCCACAUAAAUCGUCACUUAGUAUUAGUUCUACUUUACCCAUCGAUAAUCCAACAAACAGCUUUACUAUGAAUACUAACAAUAGUAAUCCUUCUCAGAUAUCAACUCCAGACAGCUUCACAUCAGACCACAAGCCAUAUAACAGAAGCAAGAAAUCAUCGCUAGGUCAACAAUACGACCACUCAGACUAUUCAAGUGCUUCGAAUUCUCACUCGAUGACACCUACACCCAGUACAAACACUAUUGUUUACCCUUCUUACUAUCGUGGGAAGGAUAAGUCACACGGAAAUUCAAACAUUGAUCUCCCAGCGUCCCUAAGAAGAAGCGAGUCGCAAUUGUCAUUUUCUCUACUUGACAUUUCCCGUUCUAGUACACCUCCUUUGGUAAACCCUCAAAAUUCCAAUACUAAUAACAUAAUGAGGAGAAAAUCGCUAACUGAGAACAAGUCUUUUUCUCAUGACUUAUUGUCUUUAGAUGCUAUCGCGGCCACAAACACAAAUUUCAACUCUAAUAAUAACACUUCUCUUUCAACAGCACCUUCAGACAUGGCAUUGUUUUAUCCUGAUGAUAGCAAGCAGAAUAAGAAAUUUUUUGGUACUCCUGAUUAUUUGGCUCCAGAGACUAUUGAAGGGAAAGGUGAAGAUAGUAAACAAUGUGAUUGGUGGUCGGUUGGUUGCAUAUUUUUUGAAUUGCUCUUAGGGUACCCUCCAUUUCAUGCAGAAACACCUGAUGCUGUAUUUAAGAAAAUUCUUUCAGGGGUUAUUCAGUGGCCAGAAUUCAAAAACGAGGAAGAAGAACGAGAAUUCUUAACACCAGAGGCAAAAGAUUUGAUCGAAAAAUUGUUGGUUGUGGAUCCUUCUAAAAGACUAGGCGUAAAUGGAAUUCAAGAAAUCAAAGACCAACCUUAUUUCAAGAAUGUGGACUGGGAACAUGUUUACGACGAAGAAGCUUCUUUUGUUCCCACAAUAGAUAAUCCAGAAGAUACAGAUUAUUUUGAUCUUAGGGGUGCAGAGCUUCAAGAUUUUGGGGACGAUAUCGAAAACGAUAAUGCCAAUAUUAUGUUUGGUAAACACGGUAUUAACACUGAUGUUUCUGAUUUGUCUGCGGCUAAUAUCUCACUACCAUCAAAUCAGAGGAAUAUAUUAUCCCGUAAACUAUCAAUGAGUAACACCACUAAUAGGAGCUCAAACAAUUCAAACAUUAGUGUACACGAUUUUGGUGCGCACACUCCAGUUAACAAACUAAGUAUUGCUUCCGUACUGGAAUCAGUGCCUCAAGAAGCGGGAUAUACUACACCUAACGGAACAGGUGCAACUAUAACUAGUACUAAAAAUUCACCCAAUCCAAAGAAUAUAUCAUUAGCUAUACCUCCACAUAUGAGAGAUCGUAGAUCAAGCAAGUUGAAUGAUUCACAAACGGAAUUUGGAUCUUUCAACUUCAGGAACUUAUCUGCCUUAGAUAAAGCUAAUAAAGAUGCUAUAAAUAGACUUAAAAGUGAACACCUUUCUGAACAACCUGGAAUACAUAGAAGAACUUCUUCUGCGUCAUUGAUGGGAUCAUCUUCAGAUGGAUCAGUAUCAACUCUAGGGAGUAACGCUUCAAACAAUACACCCGGUGGCAAAUUGAAAGUGCACAAACCUACCAUAUCUGGGUCACCCUCAACAUUUAGCACCUUUCCUAAAACAUUUUUGAGGUCAGACUCAUUUUCUACAAGAUCAUAUUCUCCUGAGCGGAGUAUUAGCAUUGAUUCAUCCACACUAUCGAGGAAAGGAAGCAUAAUUGGGGAUAGUCAACAGAUGACAGCAAAUAGUUCAGAUUCACCUACGAUGACUAAAUUUAAAUCGCCAUUAUCACCUGCUAAUACCACCACAGCAAGCUCAUAUUUUUCGAGGCAAAGAGUUUUAUCAAAGAGUUUCUCACAAAGAACGAACUCCAGUGAUCUCUCAGCUGAAGAAAGUGACAGAUUGCAGGCUAUAUCAAGAGUUAACUCUUUGAGAAACAGGAGGCGUAGUGGCCGUAAGAGCUCCAGUACUUCCGAGAUUGGAUAUCAUAUGGAUGUUCUUGUUUGUGAGCCUAUUCCAAUUCAUAGAUAUCGAGUCACUAAAGAUUUAGAAAACCUAGGCUGCACUGUUGUAAGUGUUGGUGCUGGUGAUGAAUUAGUUAGUAGGGCUACUAGCGGUGUAAGUUUUGACUUGAUUAUGACGGCCUUGAAGCUUCCUAAACUAGGUGCUAUCGACAUUGUUCAACUGCUCAAGCAAACAAAUGGUGCUAAUUCAACAACACCGAUUGUAGCCAUUACGAACUAUUUUCAAGAAGCAAUAACCAGUAAAGUUUUUGAUGAUGUGUUAGAGAAACCCGUGAAUCUUGACGAACUGAAAAAACUGGUGGCUAAGUAUGCAUUGAAAAAGUCUCAAGAAGAUGAAGAGCACACCAUAUUGAGUGAUUCUGAUGAAACGCAUUGA